AUGGGGGUAUUGUGCGCAUCCUGGUUUGGUACUUUUUCAAUAGAUGAAGACAUCACUGUGAUUGCGUUACAGUAUGGCGACAUUAGUGAAAUGUUGAAGUACCUAAUGUAUAUUUUUGGUCAAGUAUUACACAUGUUUUGCUUCAGUCUGCAAGGUCAGAGAUUGAUCAAUCACAGCAUACAAUUGCGCGACAAAAUAUACAAUUCGUCCUGGUAUAAAAUACCUGUGGAAUCACAAAAGUUGCUUCUGCACGUUAUGCGAAGGAGUAUGGAACCUUGUUUUUUGAGCGCAGGCAAGAUUUAUGUCUUCUCUUUGAAAAGCUUCACCACGGUAAAGAUUAUUUAUUUUAUUAUUGUCUCUUGUUUCUUUGAAGACUUUCUUAAAAAUAUCGGCUCUUAUUUUUAAGGUUAUGCAGUCUUCGGUGUCAUACUUUACCGUCCUUGCGUCCUUCUAAUGAUUAAUAGUCAAUAUAUAAUUU